CUCCACUCCGAUGUGGAGCUGAGAUCAUGUGGAUUCAUUUUGGUUUCGUCUUUUUUUCGAUCGACCUGUCCUUCUUCUGCUGGGUGACGGUGUGAGUCCGCCCCGCGCACCCGCAGAUCAUACUCCGAAAACACCUGUUGCGGUUUCCCUCGGCCUCGUGCGACGCGGAAGCAAGCGACCUGUUGUUUACGUUGACGUGACUCCGCCCGUCGCGGUCCGCGUGCUGCCGACAGACGACAACAGCCUCGCGCAUCCAGCAGCUCCGCGCGCCGCCUCCGACGCUCACCAGUCAACUCAACCAGCGCAACGAGUCGGCGGGUGAGCAAAUUAGAAGAAAAACAAAAAACGGACGACUCUUUAGUCAGCUGCUGUCUGGAGCUAACCGGCUAACGUCUGCUAGCGGCGAGUCUUACGAAGUUGACUGGCAGUAAAGUGGCCCUAUGAUGGAGGAACUUCAUGACGUCCAGCUGACCGAGAUCAAACCACUCCUGACGGGACAGAAUGGGAGAAAUCUCCAGGACUUUGACUGUCAGGAGCACGAUGUGGAGACAGCCCACGGUGUGCUGCACGUUACCAUGAGGGGGGUUGCUAAGGGCAACCGACCCACAAUCCUCACCUACCAUGACAUCGGACUAAACCAUAAAUCUUGUUUCAACAGCCUGUUUAACUAUGAGGACAUGCAGGAAGUGACACAGCAUUUCUCAGUUCUGCAUGUUGAUGCUCCAGGACAGCAGGAGAAUGCUCCCAUAUUCCCCACCGGGUACCAGUACCCCACCAUGGAUGAGCUGGCUGCGAUGCUGCCAUCUGUCCUCACACAGCUACAGGUGAAGAGUGUGAUUGGCAUCGGUGUUGGAGCUGGAGCCUACGUCCUCACCAAACUGGCUCUAAAUCAGCCCGGUCUGGUGGAAGGUUUAGUUCUGAUCAACAUUGACCCCUGUGCCAAGGGCUGGGUGGACUGGGCUGCCUCUAAGUUGAGUGGCUGGACGAGCAACAUGGUUGACAUUAUCAUGGGACACCACUUCAGCACCGAUGAGUUAACAGAAAAUAAGGAGAUCAUCCAGACGUACAGACUGCACAUCUCUCAGGAUAUACCGCAGGAUAACCUGGCCAUGUUCUACGGCAGCUAUGAUGGUCGUACUGAGUUGCAGAUGGAGCGGCCGGUCCCCGGUCUGAAUGAAACCACAGUCACCACUCUCAGGUGUCCUGCUCUCCUGGUGGUUGGAGACACAUCACCUGCUGUUGAUGUCGUGGUGGAGUGUAACUCCAGACUGAACCCGACCAAGACCACCCUGCUCAAGAUGGCAGACUGUGGAGGACUUCCUCAGGUGGUGCAGCCUGGAAAACUAGCAGAGGCCUUCAAGUAUUUUGUCCAGGGGAUGGGCUACAUCCCUCAUGUUGUAUUAAAGCACCUGAGCAGCCAAUCAGUGCCCACAGCUGGUAUGACCCGGCUGGUUCGCUCCAGGACUCACUCUGCCUCCAGCGUCGGCUCCACUGACGGCGUGCGGGGCCGCAGUACCACCAACACACUUCCAGAGGGCGCCAACUCCGCCAGCGGCGGACUUACUGCGCCACAAACCAUUGAGAUGACGGCGUAGGACUGUUCCUGCUCUUUUUCGUCAUCUAUACUCAACGAUUCUUCUUCUCCCCCUGUUCGCCUGAACUCAACUCUGCUGUUCUUAGUCGUAAAUGUUCUUCCAAAAAAGAAAAAUGUCAAACAUGUAACAUCAUUUAGAGUAGAGAUGACGCGCAACUCCACAUUUCUUCCCCCGUGACUUUAGGGAGUUUAGAUUUGACAUCGGUGUCAGCAGCAGCCAUGUUGGCUCUCUUAUCCUGGCCUGAGGCCAAUGUUGUUUCUAUGGUUACGCUGUAGAUGGAGUUCAGCCGGUUCAUAUUUAUAUACUGUCGUGUUGUAUUUCUACAGUUCUUCGGUCCUUACGGUGGUUUUCUCAGGUCAGAGCAGAUUUUCAUGUCAACUCUCCUCUUCCCUUAGUUUGGUUUUAUCGUUUAACUAUAAAUAUAAUCCUUUUUAUUUUGUUAUGGUUGUUGUUCAUGGUUCUGUAGGUUCAUAUGGAGCUUGUUUCUGAAGUUAGCUGAAGGAAAAAUGUAACCAAACACCUGGAUGCUGGACACAAAAAAUGUUUUCCCCCCAAAGCAUCCUACUUGGGGAACGUGAUGGGAGACGAGUUUAACAACAGCAAAACAAUAUCAAAGAACAAAAAUAUUCAUCUACACAAAUCCACUUCAGUCCUCACUUCCAAAGUGGACCAAAGUGAAUCAGUUUUAUUAGUUGUAUUGGUUUACCUUGAUGUUAAUAAAACAGCGCAACUGUGGAUAAAAAUAUUAUUUCUGCAGGUUAAUUUACUCGAACUGAAUGAAACAACGAGACAAAUGAAAACUCCUCAGGACAGACGUCAGGAGUUUGUUGUUGUUGUUGUCUUCAGGUGGAUUGUUUUUUUCUCCUCUGGCCUCGUCUCUUCUCUUGGACAGUACAUUAUUAUUAUUAUUUUAUCUGCUGAAGCACCUGCUCCAUGUUCAUGAGGCCCGUCGACAGCAUGUUCGUGUCCUUCAGUUGUGGCAUGCAAACUGUUCAGUGGUCCAGUGAGUUACUGACUGUCAGCCGGGGUGGGGGGGCUUUAAUUUUUACAUUGUGCAGUUUCUCUGAACUGAGGGUUGUCAGCUGAGUUCAUUCCCUGCUCUGAGGUCCACUGAGCAAGGCACUUUACAUCAACCAUGUCUAGUGAAAACCACGUAUCUCCAAAAACAUACGUUUCAUAAGCAGGAGAGAGAAGCGGCAGAAUUUUUUACCCUGAUCUAUAAAAAUUCAAAUUGGAAAUACGACUUUUUCACUGGAAAGUGAUGACAUGUUGAUUAUUGAUUAUUGUACAGAUGGAUGAGUUGCGGUCACGCGACGCUCUGACUGUACAUCAGUCGUCUGUCUUCAGGGACAAUCCCGUGACUACUCGCUCUUCGAGAUGAAAAGAGCCGAUGAGUCGCCUCUCGUCAGACGUUCAGAAACACAGAAGGUUCAACGUAGUUAAAAAGGAUCCAUGUGUAACGAGAGUUUUCCUGGUUUCAACAGUCGACCCACAAACUGUAGACGAACAGGAAAAUAUUAACUUCUUUUAUUCUAUAUAUUCACAUUGUUACUCUGCAGUCUCUUACUAUACAAUAUUUAUUACAACUAUUACUUUGGAGAUUUGUACUUGAGCAUCAGUAGCUGUUCCGUUACACUGAGGUUUGCACUUGAUAGAUGUUGUUUAAUGAGUUUGUAAUGAAAAAUAAAGUUCGUUAUCAAUAGA